CGCAUGGUCAAAGAGGCGCUAGUCAACCAGCUGGACAGCUUCGUGGACCGGCCCGUCGUCCCACUCUUCGAUGUGAUCUUCAAGGGGAUCGGGUCGUCAUAAAAGUUAUCUGAUAAUCUUGAGGGUUGCACAGUGCGGACAGUGAGUGCUGAAUGGCUGGCAACCAGUCUAGGGUGUAACUCGCUUCUCUCACCAAAGGUCAGUUGGGAUAGGAGGGAGGUGAUUGGUUCACACAAGGAACAGGGCUGACGAGAACAGGUGGAAAUGACAAGACAUACUGUAACAUGAAAUAAAACUAAAUCCAACCACAAGACAGAUCAGAACACAAAAAGUAUAUUUCAACCCAAAACUAUGAAGUUUUCCCUUUCAGUGUGGGCCAGAAAACAUCGUAGCGUGAAGUCUGGUCUCCUUAUGCAGAAAAAGACUGAUCGCCAUGGCAACAAUCUGACCAGAUGCAUCCACGUGGCCAAAUGUCUGCGCAAACAGGCUUGCUCUAUAUCAACUCAUGAUGCUGAGCGCCAUUAGCCAAUAAACCGGAUUAUCCUCCACCAUCAGCUUUGCGAUGAAAGGAACCAGACAUCAACCAGCACGUCGACAAAGAGAUCCUGAGGAAUUUACUUUGUUCAGUGCGCGAGAAGAGGCGAGAGUUGUGGCAGGACAACUCAUUGUCAGCAUGACAACGCACCUGCUCAUGAGGCCUUGAGCAUCAGACACUUCCUCGCGCCGCUGGAGCAACCUUCCUAACCGCCGUGAUGAUCGAGAUGCGGAGGAUCCGAGAAGAUUCCCUCCAGGAAUGUAUGGGGCGUGGCAGAGAAGGCUGGGAAAGUGCGUUAGACUACCGGGGGAUAACUUUCAAGGUGUGGUGUUGAGCAACGGUUACCUGUGGAAGAAGCACAGAAAGUUUACCGUCACCCACCUGCGCUACUUUGGAGAGGGCCAGCGGUCUCUGGAGAACUACAUCAAAGUGGAAUGCAGCUUCCUGUGCGAGGCCUUCAAAGAGGAGCAAGGGAAGCCCUUCAACCCUCACUACACCAUAACCAACGCGGUGGGCAACAUCAUCUCCUCGGUGCUGUUUGGACACCGCUUUGAGUACACCGACGGAAACUUUCGCAAGUUUCUCGAGUUGGACAACGAGGCCAUCCUGCUCUUCGGCUCUCUACAGACGCAGCUCUACAACGUCUUCCCCUCUCUAUUCAACUACCUGCCGGGCCCGCACCAGACGGUCCUCGCCAACUACAAAGUGAUUGAGCUCUUCCUGCAGAAGGAAGUGCAGAAGCACCAGGAGGAGUGGAACCCGGAUCAACCUCGGGACUACGUUGACAUGUACCUCGCGGAGAUGGACAAGAUGAAGGACGACCCGCAGGCUGGCUUCAACAUUGAAUCCUUAGUGGUUACCACACUGGACCUCAUGGAGGCGGGCACAGAAACAGCGGCCACCACCUUGCGGUGGGCUCUGGUGUACAUGAUGCACUAUCCGGAGAUACAAAAGAAAGUCCAGGCGGAGAUCGACAACGUGAUCGGACAAUCUCGCCAGCCAGCCAUGUCCGACAGACCGGCUAUGCCAUACACCGAAGCGGUCAUCUACGAGAUUCAGAGGCUGGGCAACAUCGUUCCCUUGGGAUUCCCCAAGAUGGCCAGUAAGGAGGCGUCACUGGGAGGAUACAUCAUCCCAAAGGGCACAGCCAUAAUCACCAACUUGGCAUCUGUGCUUUUCGACAAGAACGAGUGGGAAACCCCGGACACGUUCAACCCUCAACACUUCCUGGAUUCAGAGGGCCUGUUCCGUAGACGAGACGCCUUUCUUCCAUUUUCUGCAGGUAAGCGAGCGUGUUUGGGUGAGCAGCUGGCGCGUAUGGAACUCUUCCUCUUCUUCACGGCGCUGCUGCAACGCUUCACCUUCACCGCCAUCCCAGGAGAGAAGCCCAGCCUGGAGGGCCUACAAGGUUUCACGCAGUCCCCCGAAGAGUUCCGGACUCUCGCCGUACCUCGCUGAUGGCCUCCCUGCCCAGAACAGCGCACAGUUAGGGGCAACAUCAAUUGGAGUUGUUAUGAUUUUAUCUUUUAUUACAGCAAUGGAUUUGAAAUAAAACAACACGUGAUUCUUUAA